GCCGUUUUGGACGCAUUUAUACUUACCGGGGUCGUGGUCCGAUCGGGCAUCAAGUGUUUUUCCUCCCAAGCUGUGCGAAGGUGUGAGAAGGACAAGGGCAUAUUAGGAGGUGCCUAGUAAAAUGCUGCUGUGAGUAGAUACGGAAAGAGAUGUGGAAAGUGAUGAUAGGCGUUGUUACCUUUCGGUUUAGGUGAGCCGGUGGAAAUGUGUCGAUAUUGUUAAUUUUGUGAUCUUGUUCGUGCGGAUUCAUGCCGAAUAUUAGAUGAGAUGGAAAUCUACCCGACAUGUCCUACCGCUCCAGCGAAGAGAAUGUGGUCUAACCUUUUAUGCGUUAUGUGCUGAAGCACUGAAGGCAGUAGGCGACAGGCUGACAAAAAAACGCUGUUACGAAAUGCAACAGCUACAGGAACAGCAGUGAGGCCAGCUUUCUAAGCUAACUACGCCAAAGAAGGAAUGAAAAAAUCAUCCCUUCACAGAGCAAAUUUGUAGGCAAAGUGAGUAGGGAAGCACGACUUGAAACAUUGGUGUUGGUGAGUGACUGGAAAAACUAGUGCAUUUUCCGCUACCAUGAACUAGCUUCCAUCGUGUUGGCGGAGCCCUAGGAAAAGAACGUUUAUCUCACGGGCCAGUUUCGGAGAGUGAGAGACAGAGAGAAACAGUGUAGAAGGCUACAUUCACUGGAUGGUUGGCUGGUUCGCUGCCUGUAUAAGUAUCAGGAGGAAAAGUCAUGGCAACGGUUCAAGCUCACGGCAAUUGAUUCACUCGUGUUAGUCUUGGAGUGCUAGUACAAUGUAAAGGAAAGCUAGCCGUCGGAAAACUCCAUGCUCGGUUCAGUUGUCCUUAAAUGCCUUGCACUGUGCUGAUAAUAUUGCUUACCUUACAUGGGCUAAUAAAAAUUUCUACGAAUGAUGAAGACGGAAGGAUAAAAGGAUAGAUUGUAUAAAAGAAGUGCGAAAACGCAGGCUGAAGCUUUUUGUAUAUAAUUAGAAGUGAGCUGUUUUGACCAAAUUAGCUAUGAAUACUGACGAAGGAAAAGCGUGCUUGGAAUUACUUAUCAUUACGUGAGCUGCAGUUAAUGUUUGAAAUUUCGCUUCAUCCUGUUGCUGUUAAAAUGCUUUGUGAACGUGUUUGUGUUACUAUUGCAAAUGUAAAUGAAAGACGGUAUUGAGCAGAUUUACUGAAGUGUUCACCGCUACAAUAGUUGUUUUCAAAAUCCGCGUUAUAUUACAGUUACCGUUAAUCAUUCAUUAUAAAUCUACGAAACGCGAAUAGCUCCUCUAUAAUGGGCUGCUACACACGGAGAUCGACUAGACUAGCACACAGAUGUGAUAUGUUGUUAAAUGUCAUUGUGAGUGUAUCGUUUCUAGUGUUGGUGUUAAAUUUAAAUGUUGUCAGUGGAUAUAAUCAGUUACAUAUCGGUGGAAUUUUUCCCAUCAACGGUAAAGGUGGUUGGCAAGGCGGGCAGGCCUGCAUGCCGGCAGCGAAGCUGGCUUUGUUGGAUGUCAACGAGAAAGAGGAUCUGCUGCCAGGAUUUAACCUGACACUACACAGCAAUGAUAGCGAGUGUGAACCGGGACUCGGAGCUAGUGUUAUGUACAACUUGCUGUACAAUGCGCCCCAAAAGCUGAUGCUCUUGGCGGGUUGCAGUACAGUUUGUACGACAGUUGCCGAAGCAGCGAAAAUGUGGAACCUAGUUGUGCUAUGUUACGGCGCAUCUAGUCCUGCCUUAUCAGAUAGAAGUAGAUUUCCUACGUUAUUUAGAACGCAUCCAUCUGCCACUGUACAUAAUCCGACUAGAAUUAAACUAAUGCAAAAAUUUGGAUGGUCGCGUGUAGCGAUCCUUCAACAAGCCGAAGAAGUGUUCAUAUCGACUGUCGAGGAUUUAGAAACUCGAUGUAAGGAAGCCGGUAUCGAAAUAGUGACAAGACAAUCAUUCCUCUCCGAUCCAACCGAUGCGGUGCGGAAUCUACGGCGACAAGAUGCUCGUAUCAUCGUCGGACUAUUCUACGUAGUUGCAGCCAGGCGGGUCCUGUGCGAAAUGUACAAACAGCAGCUUUAUGGCAGAGCGUACGUGUGGUUUUUUAUCGGGUGGUACGAAGACAACUGGUACGAAGUGAAUCUCAGGAACGAAAAUAUUUCUUGUACCAAGGAACAAAUGAGAAUUGCAGCACAGGGUCACUUGACAACCGAAGCGCUCAUGUGGAAUCAAAACAAUCAGAAAACCAUCUCAGGGAUGUCAUCCGAGGAUUUUCGAAAACGUUUAAACGACGCUCUGAUAGAGGAAGGCUACGACAUCAGCCAUAAUCGUUACCCUGAGGGAUACCAGGAAGCACCGCUUGCCUAUGAUGCUGUGUGGAGUGUGGCCUUAGCUUUCAACAAAACUAUGCAGAAACUCAAAGAAAUGAACGUAGGCAAAAACCUCAAAGAUUUCACCUACACCGACAAGGAAAUAGCCAACACCAUCUACGCCGCGAUGAAUUCGACGCAAUUUCUCGGAGUGUCGGGAUGGGUCGCGUUCAGUUCCCAAGGUGACCGAAUUGCGCUAACGCAGAUCGAACAGAUGAUUGACGGUCAGUACUACAAAUUAGGAUAUUAUGACACACAAGCAGAUAAUCUCACCUGGUUUAACAUGGAAAAGUGGGAUGGCAGCAAGGUACCACAGGACAGGACAAUUGUGCGACGUGUACUGAGAACUGUUUCCUUGCCGUUGUUUAUCUGCAUGAGCACCGUUUCCAGCUGCGGCAUCCUGGUAGCGAUAGCACUCAUCGUGUUUAACAUAUGGCACCGGCACCGGAGAGUCAUUCAGUCAUCACAUCCCGUAUGCAACACCAUCAUGCUGUUCGGAGUCAUCACCUGUCUAGUGUCAGUAAUACUACUUGGAAUUGACGGUCAGUUCAUUGCAGCAGAAAAUUAUCCCAAGAUCUGCCAAGCUAGAACGUGGAUUUUAUCAACGGGCUUUACGUUAGCCUACGGAGCAAUGUUCAGCAAAGUUUGGCGCGUACACAGAUUCACAACGAAAACAAAAACAGACCCCAAAAAAAAAGUAGAACCAUGGAAGCUUUACACGAUGGUGUCUGGUCUACUCACCGUGGAUUUAGUAAUUCUGUUGACUUGGCAAAUUCAGGAUCCCUUGCAGCGGCGGCUGGAAACCUUUCCUCUGGAGGAACCCAUGUCAUCCAAUGACGACGUCAAAAUCCGACCAGAGCUCGAACACUGUGAAAGUCACAACAACUCGGUGUGGUUGGGUGUAAUUUACGGUUUCAAAGGACUGAUACUGGUGUUUGGUUUGUUUCUUGCCUACGAAACCCGAUCGCUCAAAGUAAAGCAGAUCAACGACUCUCGGUAUGUUGGUAUGAGUAUCUACAAUGUUGUGGUCCUCUGUCUGAUCACUGCUCCGGUAGCAAUGGUGAUCGCAUCUCAGCAAGAUGCCUCAUUUGCAUUCGUCGCCCUGGCAGUUAUUUUCUGCUGCUUUCUUAGCAUGCUGUUGAUAUUUGUGCCAAAGGUAAUCGAAGUUUUACGGCAUCCAAAGGAUAAAGUCGAAUCGAAAUUUAGCAACGAAACUGGUAUAUCUAAGGAGGAUGAAGAACGCUACGAAAAGCUAGUUACAGAGAAUGAUGACCUGCAGAAAUUAAUUGCUCAAAAAGAAGAAAAAAUCCGAAUAUUGAAACUGCGAUUGUCAGAGAAGGAAUCGGCAGCAAAAAAUGCUCCAACGCAGUUUGGCGAUCCUCACACCGGAAACAACAACGCUCAAUUCAGCAACAAUCAGUUGACAGUGGCUGCAUCAACAGGAGUCGCACAAGAUCUUCGUGAUGAGCGAAUAUGAAAAUUAAGUCAAUUUACAGCCACGUGAUAGUUACUAGUUCUAGUAAGAGGAAAUAACUUUUUAUGAAAGAAAACUACAGACAAUUCAACGCAAUGAUCAGUGCAACAGCGAAGACGGCAUGACGGUAUAUCACCCAACGACGAAAACAAAACUUAGUGUGUAAAUAGAAAGUAAUUCAUCAGAUUGUUGUACAUCAUUCUCGUCCUGUUUUUUCUACGAAAUGUUGAAGUUUUGUACAAACGUGUUUUAGCGUACGUAUUUGAAAAUGGUCGUGACUAAAAAUUGCAAAUAAUUAAUGCAUUCGAUUCUAAAAAUCUUUAGACGAUCUUUUGUAAAUAGUGAUUUUAACAAAGACACAUUUGACACAUUAUAAGUGAAAUGAGAUUGUUUUAGCAGUUUUGUUCUUAAAUAAUGAAACGUUGGUAAUGUAGCACCGAGAUCGUUUUGUACUAGUAAUGAAAAAUGGAAGCUACAAAGAAAUUAUACUACAGGCUUGUGAAGAUUUAUAGGACAAAUUUAGAAAUAGUUCAAACUAGCUAGAACGAUAUUUAGAAAUUAUCAAUAACGAAUGGUUAGAUAACUAUUAACAAGGAAUUUAUCAGAUUAUUAAGUAAAAUUGAUAGACAGUGUAAAUAAGAUAUAUAACAAAAGUGACAAAUGGAAACGAUCCAAAAUAAUCAGCACGUGUAAAAGCGAAAACCAUUAGGCCCCAUUUGUAAGUUCCAGUAGUUUAAUCAGCCGGUGCUCAUCACCCUCAUCGGCCAUUUAUGCUACCGCUCAAGUGUAUCUUGCUCACCGACGGUACACAGCAAAACGUAGGAACAUUAGCGAUUAGAUCUGUUUAGAAAGUGCCAGCGCAGCCAAAAAAGCCAAAGGGGUAUUACGAGGAAUGAAGGUCCAUUACCACGGCUGGGAUUAUCUAUGAUUAGAACGCUUUAUAAUGACUACCUUAAUUAGUUCGCGCAAUAUAAUUUGAAUUCUAUCCACAAUCGAUGUUGGAACAACGAGCAGCAAAAUGCUGGCCUCAAAGUAAAGGCGAUUAUAGAAAGAGUGGUGGGGGAUGCUUCAAAGUGCAAUUGAAUGCGGCCACACGUUUUUUGUACACCAUUCGACCAAUAAGGGUUGUAGUGUAAAACAUGGUUGGAUCUACUCAAUUUACUAUGACCUCGGACUGCGCCUGUUUUUAUUAUACAAGCUAGGGUGUCAUUUGUUUUAAGAAUUAGAAUAAGUAAAAUGUGAGAAAAAAAUCGCCCGCAAGCAGAAUUUGAACAUGCUUCCUUUAGAAUUCCACGCAAUUGCACAGAAAAAAAACAUAUUUUGUAAUUUUAAGUUCAUUUUCAUGCACAUAUUUGGAGCAUGAAUAUAAAUGUAAAAUUAAGUUCCACCACAAAUACACGCGACUUGUCGUGCUUUAUUCAACGAUUUUUAUUAUAAUUUUACAUUGCUGUAAAAUGAAUAACACGUAAUAUUACACGAAUAAAAGUGUAAAAUUGUAUGCUUUUUGAUGCUCCAAUUGAGUACAUUAAUUUUAAUGUAAUUUUCAAUCAAAUUUCUGAUUCAAUCCUUGUAUGUUUACAUUCGUAUUGAUUUACAUGUCGUUCAAAUUUCAUUAUUUUUUGUGUGUGUGUGUGCUACCAAUUAAUGUAUAUUGUAGGGGAACCUGGGGCUAUUCAGACCUACCUAAGCAAAUCUCCCUUUCAAGUGGAUAGAUGUGAAAUAAUUUAUCGGUCAAAUGCCCUAAUUGUUAGUUUGAAACCUCAGCUACAUAUUGGUGCGAUAAAAGUUCGUUCGUCGAUUGUCGCAUCAUGUAUUUUGUUGUUGUGAUGUGUGCAAACGUGUGCGCUGCCGCAAGCCGCUGAAAGGCGGUUGAUGGAAUAGGGGAUCGGAAUAGCUCCGUAUGCUCAAUUCGCACAAAAGUGGUGAGCGUCUUGAAAAUAUCUAUGUUUUCACCCAAACAAAAAUCAUUCCAUAAAAUAAGAGCCUCAAGCUUUCCAAACCAAUUACCUGUUAUUUUUCACUUUCAUUUGUUACUAUAAUCACGGUUUUGCCAUUAUUUUUGCUUUUUGGACGGCAAAAAAUUGAAACUCGUUCAAUCCCUUUUCCAAACAAACUGAUGAUUCAGCUGUCAAAAUUAAUGUUUUUUAAUGAAUAUGUACGACAGUUAGAAAGUCUUAUGAUUUCCUGAGAAAUCGAGGGGGUUCGAAAUACUCCCACGAUCCAUAUAGCCCCGGGCCUUCUAUGGUCCUGUAACAGAGAUCAAUCCACUAUCUACAAGUUGCAUAGCCGCGCAAGUUACCCGAGCAAAGUCCAACAUCAAAAUUACAGCAAAUAGACAACAUAUUUUGAUAUCAAGCAUCAAAUUGAAAUCUUAUUUUGAUAUCAGUUUUAACUUUUUCAGAUAUGACAUCAUAUUUUGAUCUCAUUUUGAUGUGCUUACAUUUUUAGAAAAAUAUGUUUGUUUCUAUUUCUUUGACAAACAUCAAAUUGAUUCCUUAUUUUGUUAUCAAUGAAAUAUUUCACCAUCUCAAUAAGUUUUCAAUUUGCUUUCACUGAUAGCAUAAAUAGUUUUCUGUUUGAUGUCAUAGUGCAAUUUUUCUGCUUUCGAUUUUGAUCUUUUAACCGUUAAAACGACCAAAAUGAUAACAACCUGAGCAAUCAUUCCCUACUACAUCACAACAUCAAGUUUAGUUCUCAAUUUGUUAUCAGACUCUUUCCUGGUAUACAUUGUCAAUGCUUUUAUAAAUAUUAUUUCUGAAAAAAAAGUUGUUAAGAGACGAGUUUGGACAUGAGCCUUGGAGAAGAUCCAAAUCGUCAUUGACGAAUCACCCUGCUACUCCUACAUUGUUUAGUAUGACCUCGAAGCAAUCAUCACAACACCUCGUCAUGCAAUAUAUUUCUUUUCGAAUUAUAUUUGAUUUCCUUUGGACAAACUCAAACUUUGGACUUUGGAUUUGUAGAUUAUGGACUUCUACUUUUUAAUGAAAUAGAGCUUUAAUGCGUAAUCAUAUAUAAACAAAGCAAAAGUCGCAGUCCUUCCGAAUGUUUUCACAAUAAAUUAACAAGUUUUUAAAUUUUUUUGAGCGCAUUGAAAAAAGUUAUGAAUUUGAAGUGGCAGCACUUCCGAUCAAUCGUUCACUCAGUCUUUACGCAUGAAUUCUUUAAAAUAUUGCCAGAGUAGAAACAUUUCACGUAAUGAUUUUGACGUCACAUUCUAAUAACUUUGCCAUGCACGUGUGUGAAUUCUGCCGCCAAAAAUACACCCAUUCAAUCAGUGUAGCGUCAUCUAUAAAGGACUAGAUGAUGAAGCAGAAUUCUUGCACCACAAUUAAUUCAGAGAAAGCCCUGUGCAAUUUUUUUUUUAUUUCAUUCC